ACAUUGAUUGAUUUUGCAGUUUGUAUAAAAUAAAUAUUUGCUAAAGUUUUCGACUAUAAAUAAGGGGUACUAACACACCUAGAAUCAACUUUCAGUUCGUCUUGUUGGGAACCGGUCAAAGGCAACUAACAGGAUGAGGUCUGUACUGAUUCUUUGCGUUAUUAUUGCUGCUGCUGUGGCAUGCCCAGUAUCAAAAACAAAAGAUUGCUCUUGCGGUCUGCCUAAAAUAUGUCCUUCAACGUGGAAAAUUAAGACAUUUGAUUCCCAAUGCGAAACAUUAGCAUUCCAAGGAACAUGGUUUUUACAAAUGGCAACACCAACAUACAUUGACCAGCAAAACCCAUUAAAAACCGGGCUGUUCUGUAACAGUUAUCCUUGUACCAACAAUCAACUGAUAUUUAAGGAUACCACACCAUGUGAUGAUACCGAUUACAACACUGAAUACGAAGUGAUUGAUUCGUCAUACAAUAUCUAUACCCAAUGUACAGAAACCCAAAUAGCAUUAUUAUGCCCAGCGUAUGGCAGUUCCAGCAAAUAUGCAAUCUUUAAUGUCGGUUCAGAAAAAUAUUAUACAAACCCAAUUGCCGAAAAAUAUCCAUUUGUUGACAAGGAUUUAUUCAGACAUAAGAUCGGCCAGGGUAGCUGUGAGAGAGAAUACACAGUCGCUGUAAUCGGUGCUGAUGACUGUUGGAAAGAGUAUAUGGUGUUAGUCGUUAUUAACCAGUAUGACAACUUCUUUGGCGGAGAUGAGUAUAUUACUUGGGUAUUGACAAGAGAUGUUAACCCUGAUUGGAGUACUUAUGAUAAAGCAUACAAUGAUAUUAAGGGAAGUGGUCUCUGCCCUAACUAUUUGGUAAGUGUUGAUCAUUCGUUUGAAUCAAUGACAGGACCUUCAAUGGCAGUACCUUCAAUGGCACCAAGUGUGGCAGUACCUUCAAUGGCACCAACUAUGCCUGGUGAUGUCGAUAGUAUGGUACAAAAAACGUCUGUCUCUACAACAUCAGCAACAAAAUCAAUUAGUACCGACUGUGGUAGUACUGUAACUUCAUCAUCCACUUCAACAACUACGACAUCGACUGUGAUAAUUGAUAAAAGCUCAGAUUUCUCUAGUAUUUAUGACAUCGGACCGUGUGAUUUAUACAGUCCAUACGAGGGUCUCCAAAUCUACAAAAACCUGGAUAAAGAAACAAUUAGACGUGCCUUUUCUGGAAAUUAUUACAUGACCCAAGCUACACCUUGUUCGUUUUACGAUACCCCCAAAUCAAAAGUAGGAUUAUUAAAUACGUGUUUCCCUGCAUGCGGUAUGCAACUCUGUUUUGAUGAUGCAUCAAUUGACGAUUGGGAUUGCAAUACUCCUCGUAUGGUUAUGGAUCGUGGUUACAAUAUGAGGACCGGUGAAGUGCAUAUGACGAGAAGCUAUAUUUCUUCAGCCUAUUCUGACGACCAUCCAUUUGGUACUGUCACGUAUGCAUUCCAUUCUGAGGGAUAUUAUGAUGUACCAAUUGAUGAAACAGAUUGCCUACCAUUAGAUGGAUUGAUUUGCAAACCACCCUCAGAUAUAUACAAGAACCAAAUCAUAGCAAAUAUUAUUGGAUACAAAGACAAUGAUUACUUAAUGUUUUGCAUUGCAAACCGAUACAAGAACCCGCUCUUUCCAAAAAAGCAAGUACCUCUAGUCUAUUGUUAUACCAGAGAAAGAAUACCAAGUCAGGAUACUAUGAAUAGUAUCACACAAGAAAUGUUGCGUUGUGGACUUAACCCAAAUUACUUGAUGAAAAUUGAUCAGUCGAAAACAAUUGAGGAAGUAUUUACGUUUGAUAAAACUUAUUAUGAAUCAACAGUGACCAGUACAUCUACGACCAAAAGUGUGGUUUCCACACGUGGACUCAGCAUUGGAAGCUCUCCCCUUCAAGGAUUACCUUCAAUAUGUCCACCAGACUGGAACGUUAAAACUUUUGACAAUCAAUACGCUACCAUUGCAUUCCAAGGAAUAUGGAAUGUACAAAUGACUACACCAACAUAUAUAAAUGGAAACAACCCAUUAAAAACCGGGCUAUUCUGUAACAGUUAUCCUUGUACCAACAAUCAACUGAUAUUUAAGGAUACCACACCAUGUGAUGAUACCGAUUACAACACUGAAUAUGAAAUGACUGAUUCAUCAUACAAUCUCUAUACCCAGUGCACAGAAACCCAAAAAGCAUUAUUAUGCCCAGCGUAUGGCAGUUGCAGCCAAUAUGCAAUCUUUAACGUCGGUUCAGAAAAAUAUUAUAAUACUGCGAUCAUCGAAAAAUAUCCAUUUAUUGACAAGGAUUUAUUCAGGCAUAAGAUUGUCCAGGGUACCUGUGAGAGAGAAUACACAGUCGCUGUAAUCGGUGCUGAUGACUGUUGGGAAGAGUAUAUGGUGUUAGCUGUUAUCAACCAGUAUGAUAACGUAUUUGGCGGAAAUAAGUAUAUUAUUUGGGUAGUGACGAGAGAUGCUAACCCUAAAUGGAGUACUUAUAAGAAAGCAUACGAAGACAUUGAGAGAAGUGGUCUCUGCCCUAACUAUUUGGUAAGUGUUGAUCAUUCGUUGGAAUCAAUGACAGGACCUUCAAUGGCACCAAGUGUGGCAGUACCUUCAAUUGCACCAACUAUGCCUGGUGAUGUUGAUAGCAUGGUACAAAAAACAUCUGUCUCUACAACAUCAGCAACAAAAUCAAUUAGUACCGACUGCGGUAGUACUGUAACUUCGUCAUCCACUUCAACAACUACGACAUCGACUGUGAUAAUUGAUAAAAGCUCAGAUUUCUCUAGCCUGUAUGAGCUCGGACAGUGUGAUUUAUACAAAGAUAUCCAAAUCUACAAAAACCUGGAUAAAGAAACAAUUAGACGUGCCUUGUCUGGAAAAUAUUACAUGACCCAAGCUACACCUUGUUCGUAUUACAAUAGCCCAAAUUCGAGAGUCGGUAUUUUAAAUACGUGUUUCCCUGCAUGCGGUAUGCAACUCUGUUUUGAUGAUACGUCAAUUGAUGAUUGGGAUUGCAAUACUCCUCGUAUGGUUAUGGAUCGUGGUUACGAUAUGAGGACCGGUGAAGUGCAAUUGACGAGAAGUUAUAUUUCUUCAGUCUAUUCUGACGACCAUCCAUUUGGUACUGUCACGUAUGCAUUCCAUUCUGAAGGAUAUUAUGAGGGACCAAUUGAUGAAAUGGAUUGUCUACCAUUAGAUGGAAUGAUUUGCAAACCACCCUCAGAUAUAUACAAGAACCAAAUCAUAGCAAGUAUUAUUGGAUACAAAGACAAUGAUUACUUAAUAUUUUGCAUUGCAAACAAAUACAAGAACCCGCUCUUUAGUUCGACACCAGUAAACCAAGUCAUUGCUUAUACAAGGGAGAGAGUUCCAAGCAAGGAAACUAUAAAAUCUAUGACUCAAGAAUUAUUGCAAUGUGGUUAUAAUCCAAAUUAUUUGAUCAAAAUAGAUCAGACUAUGUAUAUGGAUGAUGAUUACGUAUUUGAAAGUUCAUAUUAUGAAUCACAAACUUCAUGUUGGAGUAGUAGUAGCAGUAGUUGUAGUAGCAGCACGAGUAGUUCAACUACUAUUUCAUCUUCGUCGAGUUCGUCUGUUAGCAUUUCGUGUGAUUAAUUCAUUUAAAACAAUAUAAUAUAAUAUGUCAUUACAGUCAGUUUAAUAAAUAAAUAAAAAUAUCAUGCAUUAUUA